UACUGUUAUGGUGAAUAAUUUUAUCUGAAAUCUUUUACCUGUGAGGUAAGCUAUUUUCAAGCUUGAGUGCAUUUCGAGGUCUUGCUCUAAACAUAAUCUCCUCAAUCUGAAAAGUAGGAUAUAAAAGAGAAAUUUAAAAAUGUUCUGUUUGACCAAAAUUCUGUUAAAUUUGAAAGGAAAACACAACUCUGAAUUGUGGAUUGAUUUCUAAUUGAUCCAGUUCACUUGAUUUGUAUGACUUAGUUAUUACAUUUAUAUGAUCACCUUUAUCUUUAUUUAGCUUUAAAAAUGUCUAAGUAUAGACUGCAGUAUUUAGCAGUCAUAUGCCACAAAGUGACUUCACCUAUGGCCUCAUGGGGGCACCAGAGUUUCAAACAUGUUCAUGAACUUCUGACCAGGAGUUUUCAUGGUUUAAGCCCAGUACUGCACAGGUUCAGAGACGCCAACGUAAUCUAAGGAUUCCUAGAUAACUAGAUUCCUAAAAGAGGCUUCAGCUCCACUACGGCCGGGCUUGGAAUGACCAAUGCAAAAACUAAAGUUGAAGCAACGUGUAUUCAUAUAGUGGCAUGACUGACAUUAACAGGACUAAUAUUUGGACCAGCUCAAUCAGAAUAACGUGAACUGUCCUGAUACUGGACCGCUAGACAUACUUUCCACAUGAAAUUCCUGCAUAUGAACAUCAUAGCUGUGUUUGAUAUUGGUUAAUGUAGUCAUAUUUUGUACAACUUUUUCUUUAGAUCAGUUCUACAUAAUGUGUUAAGCAUUACCAUGUAUAUUAAUCUCACAUUUUUAAAUACUAACUAAGAUUUUGAUGACAUUUUACUGAAUGAAAGAGUGAGUCACUUGGUCACAAAGGACCACAUUUCCUUAAAUACUGCUCUAUUUUUUAUUUGGAAAUGUAAUAUACAGUCCAUCUUAAACCAACAAUGUUAAGCUAAAUUUGUACAACAUUUGAAUGAUUGUACUUUGCUCGAUUGACUUAUAUGGUUAGCAGUGUGUUCUUUUUUUAAUCCAUAAUCACAUAGCAUGUGUGGUCAUGAGGAUUCUGGUCUGUUUCAGUGUCAAUAUAAUGUGACCUGCCAAACUCAGGGUUUCAGGGUGAAACCGGGUGGGCUGCGUUUUCCUUAAAAUCUAAUUAAAUCUUUUCAGUUGAUUUGCUAUCUGAGCGGUUUGGACGUAGCGUUUGUCUGGGAAGAUAACGUAGCCUCGAUCUCCAGCUCAAUAAGCGACAGGCACCACGCAUUGAUCUGACCUCUGAUGGCGCUCCUCUAGUAGUCGGUGGAUCAAUGCGAACUGGCGCUCUGAACGAGCCCGGCGCUCUGAACGGGCAGCCAACGCGAGUGGUCACGUGGUACGCAGGGCGCUGUGACGUCACCAGAGCAGAGAUUUGUGAGGAAUAAGCAGACUGAGGCAAAGAGCCCCGGAGGUGCGGCACUCUUCUUUUUUUUUUGUAGUACCUGCAUCGUUCCCGCUGCUAUCACACCCCCAUUCCCUGGUCAGAAAGACGGAACAGAGCAUCUGUUCUAUAUUUUAGAGACCCAAAUGCCCGGUCCCACCCAAGCCCUUUCCCCAAAUGGAGAGAAUAACAACGACAUCGUCCCGGACAACGGAACCAACAUCAUUCCGUACAGGAAAAAUACAGUGCGAGGAGAGCGCGCCUACAGUUGGGGGAUGGCGGUCAACGUAUAUUCUACCUCAAUAACCCAGGAGACUAUGAGCAGGCAUGACAUAACUGCCUGGGUUAACGAUAUUCUCUGCCUAAACUACACUAAAGUGGAGCAGCUCUCUUCAGGAGCUGCAUAUUGCCAGUUCAUGGAUCUGCUUUUCCCUGGCUGCAUCAGUCUUAAGAAGGUCAAAUUUCAAGCUAAAUUGGAGCAUGAGUAUAUUCACAAUUUUAAGCUGUUACAGGCAUCUUUCAAAAGGAUGAAUGUGGAUAAGAUAAUACCGGUAGAGAAGCUAGUUAAAGGCAGAUUUCAGGACAAUCUUGAUUUCAUUCAGUGGUUCAAGAAAUUCUUUGAUGCCAAUUAUGAUGGUAAAGAGUAUGACCCGUUGGAAGCCAGACAGGGCCAGGACGCCAUUCCUCCACCUGACCCUGGUGAGCAGAUCUUCAACCUGCCCAAAAAGUCCCACCAUGCAGCCAGCUCUCCCACUGCAGGUGCAUCAAGGGCAAGCUCUGUCACCCCCAAGUCCUCAACACCAACAUCCAGACCCUCGUCAGCCAAAAAGAUCCCUACACCUGCAGCAACUCCUGCCAAAGGAGAGAAAGAACUGGAAGCACAGGUCACACAUCUGACUGAGCAGGUGAACACGUUAAAGUUGGCACUGGAAGGAGUGGAAAAGGAGCGGGACUACUACUUCAGCAAGCUGCGCGAGGUGGAGCUGCUGUGCCAGGAGCAGGGUGAAGAAAAUGCCCCGUUUGUGGAGCGGCUAAUGGAGGUGCUCUAUGCCUCAGACGAGCAGGUCAGCCCCCACCACUCCACACUGGACCGAGCAGAGCUAGCUGAAGGUGACGGACAGGAUGUGGACGAGAUAGCCCACGAGGAGGCACCAGAUGAUCAGCAAGAGGAACAGGAUGAAUACUGACUGCCAUCACCCCUCACCGUGGUUACGCCCCUAUUUUUUAAUCUGUGAGAACUGUUCAAGGACCUUUCAUUUUUCUCUUUUUUUUUUUUUUUUUUUGGUCUCUCCAAGACUAAGCACAUGAAGCAGCCUCCUGACUAGAAGUUCCAUCACAGUUCCGUUUUCUUUUUUGUUCUAUCCCUCUGCUGACUGUUUGAUGUUUUUUGUGACUUUUUGGUGAACUGCUGUGGCCGGUUAGUGGCGAUGACCUCCACUAGCACACUAGCUCAGACCAUCACAGAUGUUUUCAGAGACUGUGUGGGUAGAAAGACGAUUCAAAUCCUCCAGUAGUAUGUGGUGAAAUGCUGAAGUUUAGACGGGUAACUGUUACCCGUCACUGCAAAUUUUAACCCUCAAGCUUUGUGCUUUUUUUCCCUCCAUUUUUGUUUUUAAAAAAACUUUUUUUGCCGUUAUUUUGCAUAUCAAUAUUAACCAUAAGAAUGCAAUAAGAAAAGCCCUGGAAGGGCUCUAGUAGCUCUUAUUUAACCUCCUCCCAUACGUUGCACUGAUGCUGACUCUGUAUUGGACAAUCUGUCCAUAGACCCUCAUCAUAUUUAUUGCUGUUAUUAUUAUUAUUAAGUCUUAGGAAUAGUGCAAAUUUUGCAGCACGUCCUUAUGAAUCAGGACACUACCGUCAACAAAUCGUGAAUGAAAUGUAGUCAAAUGCCAACGUCUGACUGUUUGACAGUUGUUCUCACAAAUACAACAAUGUUUUAUUCGCACUAUGUAACUGGUUUUAGUGAUAGAGGAUUAUUUGUCAUGAAACAUAGGGAAGGAAGAAUCAUUAAUGUGGACUAGUCUUAUUAUGAAGCAGCAUUUUAAUUUUUCAGCCUCUAUCGGAGCUCGUGAUCUGUCCAGGUUUUUUGCCAUUUCUUUUUCUUUUUAAACCACAGGUCUUAGGGAAAGGUCAGUUCACUGAGCAAUUUGCCUCACUAUAUUCCAGUAAGUACAUUGUAUACCCUUUCGUAAUAUUGCAUUUACUAAUAUUGAACUGGGCAGUGCACCACAAUGCUUUAGUUAUAUAUUAUUGUGUAAAUGAAAAAGGAAUGUAAACAUGUACUGUCAAUAGUUAAUGAAUGGUAAAUGUUUUUUUCAUGUCCUACUCAUUAUGCAUUCCCCAAAAAAGGUGUUGCAUGUUUGCAUUUUAUUUGUGAAUAACUUGACCUGCUUUUUACAUAUUUAAUAAAAAACAGACAUGUUAAGUGAGCUUUUGUAUGUUUAACCUGCAAUUGGAAAAGAUGAUCCGAUUCGGAUGGAUUUGCUAUAAUAAAAAUACAUUUUGAGUCCGCGGGAAUGUCAUAUAACUCAAAACUGACAGUGUGACAGCUUCAGGUAUGAAAGCUG